AUGGUCCGUGUUGCAGUGGCAGGGGGCACAGGAAAUGUGUCCAAGGAAAUCGUCUCUAUUUUGGGUGAAUCCGGCAAACAUGAGAUCGUUGUGUUCACACGUUCGGACCCUACCAAGCACUCCAUGAAAGGUGUCCAGUUCGUACAGGUCGAUUACAACAACAAAGAAGAUCUGAAGAAGAACUUAGAUCGUGUCCACACCGUCCUAUGCUUCAUUUGGGACGCAUCCUUGCAGAUAAGCUUAAUUGACUGCUGCAUCGAAGCUGGCGUUAGACGCUUUGCACCCAACGAAUGGGCCGCGCGCUGCAAUGCGGGUAUUUUCCAGUACGCUGACAAAGAUAUUGUCCACGCGCACCUCCAGAAAGUGAAUCGGGAGAAAAAGGCAAGGCGUCAUUUCGAGCUGUCGACGCUGGCGACUAAUGAGAAUGGUUAG